GAUCUGCGGUUUCUGAGCGGAGAAUUCCCCCUAGAAAGUAGCACAUAAAAAAGAGGAUAGUUUGCUUUACAGAUUGGGAGAAACUUCAAGUCGCUUUACAAGUCGCUUUUACAAGAAACAAAAAUGAAAUGGACUCUGCUUACCCUGAUGUUGACUGCGCUGAUCACCUUGGCUCUUGCAUAUGACGGUAACUCAAUCUGUGAAGUACAAGGCUUCAAGAUCAGCUUUUCCAAAGUCUCGGACUGUUGCUUGAAGAACACUGGAGGCUCGAAUUUCAAAAACAACACAUUAUAUUGCACUUUGCCGGUCAGCAAAGAAGGGUCAUUCCGAAACUUCGUUGUUACUUUCCUGUGGCAAGCAUGCUCACCUGCUUGGCUGUCAGCUUGUGAUAAUAAAUGUAUUGAUGCUCCCACAUAAAUUGAUUUAUGGUAUCAUCAUCAUCAGAAGAAAAUUAUCAAGUUUAAUUAAGAGUUGUCGUUUCUUUUGAACUCAUUAUUCAUUUCUCCAUAGUGUGUUGCGCAAAACGUUUGCGUUUCAUCAAGAAUACUAAAUUCUACCCAAAUUUCGUUAAUGGACCGUGCUCAAUCGUGUCUACAUUGACCGUUGUGGUCACUCCAACAGAUGCAUCUAGGACAAAUGAAAUCCAAUCUUCUACUUAUUUCGCAAAUUCGCAAUCUUCAGUU